AUGAGAUAUCGACUUAUUUUAAUUCUAUUUUUGAUUUAUCUUCCAUUUUCAAAUAUGUUAUUGAUCAAUUCAACUUAUGAAACUAUAUAUCAAACAUUGUUAGCUAACAUAUCAAACUACAAUGUUUUAUUUGAACAAGCAGAAACACAAUAUAUUUCCAUUACUCCAUUUGUACCUCAAUCAUCAUCAAACUUCUCCCAAGUCCAUCAUUGGUUUCGUUUAGAUUAUUAUGGUGUUCAUGUUGUCGUUAUACAUGGUGAAUUACUCGAUCAAACCUACGAUUAUGAUGUGUGCCGAAAUUUGUUACAAUUUAGCUAUUUAUUAGUAAGAGAUGCUGGUGUAUAUAUAAUGAGUGGUGAUUCAGAAACAUAUGCCUUCAAUCUUCUUGUGAUGACGAAUCACCAACACUUUUCAUUACGAUUAGACGAUCAUACUAUUUACAGUGAGGAAGAUUUUCAACGAAGUGUUGUUCGAUUACCAUUAACAAAUAAAAAAUAUGAAUUUAAUAUUUUGCUGACAAUUUAUUAUUAUUUGUCGUUUAAUAACACAAAUCUAUAUGACUUAGAUGAACAAUCAAAUGACCUAUUGACAUUAAUUUAUUUAAAACCGUUAUCUGGGGUUAAUGACAAUACAAUGGUGUUUGAUAAUGAAGAAUUUUGUUUUAAUAAUACAUAUUUAUCAGGUUCAAAUGAUGUUAAACUACGUGUAUUAACAAUUACAUGUUCGAAAAAUGUGACAUUUUCUUGCGGCGAUGUUAAUAAAUGUUUGAUAUACGGAAAAAUAAUACCAUUUUAUAUUCAACCGAGACGAUUUGAUCCAUUUAUAAUUCUAAAACCAACAUUACAAUAUCAACUUAGGAUAGAAGAAAAUGAAGCUACAACAAUUUCACAGAGCACAUUAUCAAGCGAAUUACCAGAUGGCGCAGUAACUGACAGUACGCAACUAGCAUCACGUAGUAAUGUCGAAUCAAAACAAGUUAUUUUAUGGUAUAUUAUCUUACCAUCGAUAUCAACAUUAUAA